UGUAUUUAUAAAACUAUUUAAUUAUAAAUGGGUAUUAAUAAUAAAAAAUUGUUUUUUUUUAUUUGCCAUAAUUUGUGUCUCACACAAAAUUGACAAACACUACUUUGUUUGUAUGUGUAGGUACUACAAAUUGAUAGUACUAAAAGUGUGAAAUAUGUUAUGUCUCGUAAUUACAAAAUUUGCUUAUAUGUGUAAUCUUAUAAGUCUGAUUUAAUGUUGUUUGCACAUUUUCUCUGGUUUAUAUAUAUAUUACACGCGGCACAGUCAAAUUUGCAUCAGUUUGGAUUGUUGCAAGAACCAGCUCAUGACUAAGGGCCUUGUUUAGGUUCGAAACUAGUCAGGCAUACUCCGAUAUUGUAUCACUUAAGUUUUAGCUGUGCUCCAUAAUAAAUUAAUAUGAAUUGCACUCACAAUACUUUAAAUUUUAUAUAUAUUACCUAUGAAUCUGCUCUAAAUCUCUGAAUACAAGUUUAAAGUUUGGUGCUCAGUUAAACAUAAAAUUUGUAUAACAAAUUAUUAUGCAUGACAAAAUUAUUUUGUACCUGUGUAUAUAUAUGGAAAGUCUCUAAGACACCAAUUCUUAAGUAAAAUUAUUUAAAAUACUUAAUUUUAAUUUUUUUUUAAUGUUUGAUUCGCAUUUUUAUAAGCUAUUUUAAAAUUUCUGACUACAAAGCGAGUCGUUGAUUAAGCGUAGCAUAAAGAUAUGUCAUAUGCCUGGGUAUUAAGAACGCUUUGAAGGUGUUUGUAUUGUAUGUAUUUUAUAAUUUAUGACAAUUAUUAAUGUGUUUGUUGGUUAAUUUAAUUUUUGGUUCGUGGGACCAUUUUGUUGUAUUAUAAUGUGAUUCAUGCCAAAUAUAUGUUUUAUUUAUGGUACAUUUUCUUUUAUUUGCUAAUCUUUGCGGCCCGUACCAGGAGGACUGACAACAUCAAGCGAGUCGCAGGGAUUCGCUGGAUGCAGGCGGCUCAGUAUCGUGAUGUUUGGAAGUCCCUACAAAAGGCCUAUGUCCUGGAGUGGACGUCCAUCGGCUGACAUGAUGAUUAUUAUACAGUGUAGGAAGUUAAUAACAUCUUUUUAAGUAACAAAAUAUUGUGAUAUAUAUUACUAAGAGCGUCCACGGCGCUGAACUCUUUGAGUGUGAACUUGAAUCAUAUCAGAUAAGAUAAGUAAGCCUAAUUUUCUUAUUUUAUUCAAUUUCAACAAAAAAGGUGCAUUAAUUUUACUUUUUUCGUUAUUUGGUCUGCUCCCAGCACUUGGUAGAUGACAACUUUCUCAAUACAAACAGUAGUGUGAGGGAGAUUCACUCUAAUGCUGUUCCCUCAAUAGUGCAGGUCAGUUUAUUAUGUUUUUAUUUGUGUGUUAACUAACAAUAGUUGUUAAUAACAAUUUAUUUAUUUGCUAAACAUGGCAAUAACAGAUACAUCAAAUACAAUGAAUACCUAAUUCUCCAGUCAAGACACUUAUAGCAGCAUUACUCACAAGCAGUGACUAUUGGUAUAUUUACAGAUGUGCAUGAUAUGCCUGGACACUGACAGCAAGCUAUCUCUAAUGAGCAAACACAAUUUGGAGGAGGCAUAUGAACAGACUGGACUGUCUGUAAGUUGACAAUCAAAUUGUACAUUCAAGUCCAUAAUAUUAUUUUUUUCUGUUUAUCAGUCAUGUGUGUGUGCAGUUGUUUCAGUUGUGUCAUCGAGCAAACCUGAAGCAAACACUCUGUGUGCUGUGUGCUCAGAGAUUGAUGAACUUCAGUAGAUUUAGAGACUUGAGCUUGAGAGCCCAUUCACUGAUGACAGACUUAGUUGAACAAUAUGAAUUAAAUAGUAUACAACACAAAGAAUUGCUGAACUGCACAAGUGCACAUCUGAAGUGUAAUUUGACACAAACAACAUUAGAAGCUAACCAUUGUGACUUGUACAUAGAUCACACUGAUGAAGAGGAACAGACAGCAGCAGACGAAUCUGUAGUGGGAGGUGUUGCAACAGUUGUGGUGAAGAAAGAAGGCAGUUCUGACUCCAUGUCGAGUGCUGAUAACUUGGAAUUGGCACAAGAAGAUGACAAUCACAGAGACAAUUCCAAUAAUGACUGUGCCUCUGAUGAUAAAUGCUCUGACAGGAGCAUAGAGUUGGAGUCCAGGCUACUGGAUGGAGUUAUAAGUAAAGCUCUUCGUAGGAAAGCAUUUUGUUUUGAGGACUUUGUGCAAGAGCCUGCAUACAAGGAUCACAUGAGCAAGCAUAUCCAGAAUGCUGCAUGUGCAUCACAAGUGUGCGAGCCUCGUGCAGCUGUGAGCCACAGCUGUGACUCACUCGUGCUGCAGAACAAAACAGGAAGUCGGAGGCUGAAUGAUGUCCCUCCCCCGGCUGCAAACUCACAUUCAGCUGCUAUGUUUCACACAACAGGAAGUCGGAAGCUCAAUGAUGUCCCUCCCCUGGCGGCUGCAGACUGUGCUCAGCCUUUAGUAACUCCACUGUUUGCGAGACUUGCUGCAAGUAACGAGAACAAAGUGCAGGCAACUGAAGAAGCAGGUGUUAUUCAAAAUAGUGAAGAAUUCCUUGAAACUAACGUUGAUGAAUUGAACAACCGAUCUUCUAAAAGUGGCACCAAACACUACACAGAUACAAAUUGUGUAGUCCAAUUAUACGAUAUAUUCAAGAAACCCAACAAAGUUCUACUUGGUGAGAAUCAACGCGUGAGACUUCACAUUGCUGCCAAGUCUUACUCUUGUGAAAUAUGCAACUAUAAAUGUGUACAUAAAAGUAAUUUAUUAUUGCAUAUUAAACCCACACUGGUGAGAAGCCAUUUUUGUGUGAGAUAUGCAAAUAUAAAUUUGCACGAAAAGGUCAUUUAUUACAGCACAAAAUAAGCCACACUGGUGAGAAGCCAUUUUCCUGUGAUAUAUGCAAUUAUAAAUGUGCACGAAAAUGUGAUUUAUUACAGCAUAUUAAAACCCACACUGGUGAGAAGCCAUUUUCCUGUAAGAUAUGCAAUCAUAAAAGUGCACGAAAAAGUAAUUUAUUAGAGCACAUCAAAACCCACACUGGUGAAAAGCCAUUUUCCUGUAAGAUAUGCAAUUAUAAAUGUGCACAAAGAGGUUAUUUAUUACAGCAUAUUAAAACCCACACUGGUGAGAAGCCAUUUUCUUGUAAGAUAUGCAAUUACAAAUGUGCACGAAAAUAUAUUUUAUUACAGCAUAUUAAAACCCAUACUGGUGAGAAGCCAUUUUCCUGUGAAAUUUGCAAUUACAAAUGUGCACAGAAAUAUAAAUUAUUACAGCAUAGUAAAACCCAUACUGGUUAUAAGCCAUUUUCCUGUGAGAUAUGCAAUUUCAAAUGUGCUCAUAAAAGCAGUUUAUUACGGCACUUUAAAACCCACACUGGUGAGAAGCCAUUUUCCUGUGAGAUAUGCAAUUUCAAAUGUGCAGAUAAAAGUAGUUUAUUACGGCAUAUUAAAACCCACACUGGUGAGAAGCCAUUUUCCUGUGAGAUGUGCAAUUAUAAAUGUGGACAAAGAGGUGAUUUAUUACACCAUAUUAAAA